UUCCGCUCUCUCGCACGUUUUGACCCCAAGCGCUUUCCGUACUGCGUUUUCUUUUUUUUGGGCCCGGAAUGAGAAUUCGGAGGUCAGGCAUUACAUCCUUGUAAGCAACAAACCAAGAAUGUUCCUGACACUGGCUUUGUUCAGAAAGGGGAUUCCAGGUAAACAGUGGAUUGGAAAGUACAGAAGACCUCGGCAGAUUACGUGGCAGAUGAAACGCAACCUAAUUGAAAAGCUGGAGGUGGAAGCCGAAAAUGAGUACUGGCUGAGUCGAGCCUAUAUGACAAAGGAGCAGGAGAAAGGCCAUGCAGCGGAGUAUCGCCUUCAGAGAUGGGCUACACUGAAAGCUUCACAGAUAAAGAGCUUUCCCGGGCAUAGGCAUGUGGGAGAUCAUCUAAACCAGUUGAACGUUUCCAAAAAGUGGACCAUACCUUAGAUUUACAAAUUUUUACCUUGACAAGGACAAUCUGAAAAAGAGACAUAACUGUCAAGUUGUCGAGUUGUACUUGAAGUGUAAAUAUAAUUGCAACAGCAUAUGUCCAUUAAAUAAUUUUCCCUUGGUUUAUA